GCUAGGACCCGCCGGCCGCGCUGCGGGCUCCCGGGAGGUUGAUAAAGCGGCGGCGGCGUUUGACGUCAGUGGGGAGUUAAUUUUAAAUCGGUACAAGAUGGCGGAGGGGGACGAGGCAGCGCGAAAGCAGCAGCCGCACCAGGGGCUGAGGCACCGGCGGCGGACCAGCGACUCGAGCGACGGGGUUAACCACGUCUCGUCCACGACCUCCCUAGGUGAGGAUUAUGAAGAUGAUGAUCUAGUAAACUCUGAUGAGGUUAUGAAGAAACCAUGUCCAGUACAGAUUGUUCUUGCCCAUGAAGAUGACCAUAAUUUUGAGCUUGAUGAAGAGGCUUUGGAGCAGAUAUUACUGCAGGAGCACAUACGAGAUCUUAACAUAGUUGUGGUGUCCGUGGCAGGAGCUUUUCGUAAAGGGAAAUCAUUUCUACUGGACUUCAUGCUUAGAUAUAUGUAUAACAAGGAUUCUCAAAGUUGGAUUGGUGGAACCAAUGAACCAUUGACUGGCUUUACAUGGAGAGGUGGUUGUGAAAGAGAAACAACAGGCAUACAAGUUUGGAAUGAAGUAUUUGUGAUUGACAGACCUAAUGGAACAAAAGUGGCAGUGCUGCUAAUGGAUACCCAGGGUGCCUUUGAUAGCCAGUCAACUAUUAAAGACUGUGCAACCGUGUUUGCUCUGAGCACUAUGACUAGCUCUGUCCAGGUAUAUAAUUUGUCUCAGAAUAUUCAAGAAGAUGAUCUUCAACACUUGCAAUUAUUUACAGAGUAUGGAAGACUUGCAAUGGAAGAAAUCUACCAGAAACCCUUUCAGACGUUAAUGUUUUUGAUUCGAGAUUGGAGUUAUCCUUAUGAACAUUCAUAUGGCUUAGAAGGUGGAAAACAAUUCCUUGAAAAGAGAUUGCAGGUAAAACAAAAUCAACAUGAAGAGCUACAGAAUGUAAGGAAGCACAUUCACAAUUGUUUCUCAAAUCUGGGUUGCUUCCUUUUGCCACAUCCUGGUCUUAAAGUUGCAACUAAUCCUAGUUUUGAUGGGAGAUUGAAAGAUAUUGAUGAAGACUUUAAAAGAGAGCUUCGAAACCUGGUUCCAUUGCUCCUUGCUCCUGAAAACUUAGUAGAAAAAGAGAUAAGUGGAUCUAAAGUCACUUGUAGAGAUCUUGUAGAAUAUUUUAAGGCUUACAUUAAAAUAUAUCAAGGUGAGGAACUUCCACAUCCAAAGUCCAUGCUUCAGGCAACAGCUGAGGCGAAUAAUCUUGCUGCAGUAGCAGGAGCAAGAGAUAUUUAUUGUAAAAAUAUGGAACAGGUAUGCGGUGGGGACAAGCCUUACAUUGCACCUUCAGAUCUGGAGCGAAAACAUCUUGAUUUCAAGGAAGUGGCCCUUAAACAGUUUCGUUCUGUGAAAAAAAUGGGUGGAGAUGAGUUCUGCCGUCGUUAUCAGGACCAGCUUGAAGCUGAAAUUGAAGAAACCUAUGCAAAUUUUAUAAAGCACAACGAUGGCAAAAAUAUCUUCUAUGCUGCUCGUACUCCUGCCACGCUGUUUGCAGUCAUGUUUGCUAUGUACAUAAUCUCAGGACUGACUGGCUUCAUUGGCCUAAACUCUAUAGCCGUCUUAUGUAACCUUGUCAUGGGAUUAGCACUGACAUCCCUUUGUACUUGGGCAUAUGUUAAAUACUCUGGGGAGUUCAGAGAAAUUGGAACAAUGAUUGAUCAGAUUGCUGAAACACUAUGGGAACAGGUAUUGAAGCCCCUGGGUGAUAAUUUGAUGGAGGAAAACAUAAGGCAGUCUGUAACAAACUCUAUCAAGGCAGGCCUGACUGACCAAGUGUCUCAUCAUGCCCGAUUAAAGACAGACUGACAGUUCAUCUCCUCAUGGACUCCACUCUCCCUUUUUCAUGCUUGCUGUACAAUGAGAACUCAAAUAAAAAUAAACCAAAGUUUACAAUCAACUGUAGAAGUAGUUUAGUAUAACUGGCUUCACAGAUGGCUGCCACAGAGUGUGAAAAUUGUUUGUUGGUUUUGAGCAUUCUUUUAAUGGCUCCUUACACCUGGAAAUUGGAUAAGGAGCAUUAGUUUAUCAUGCACAUUGUGCCAUGUUGAAUUCUUUUUCUUUUUAGUCAAUCUAAUGUUAGUGAAAUUUGUCUUAUGUAAAAGGAUAUUUCAGGGAACUAUUUUAAGAAAUCUAUUUAGAGUCUCUAACAUAAUGACCCAUUGAAAUUUUAAUUUUUAGAGAAUCUAUGAAUCAUUGUAUCAAGAAUCAGAUUGGAAUGACAAUGAAGCCUUUAUUGAGCCACUACAUUAAAAGUAUAUAUUGCUUUACUGCCUUCAAUACCAGUAUUACAUAAAUGCAUGUACCAGAAACGUCACGAAAAUUACAUGACAACUCUUGUAGCUAAGAAAGUAAUUUUGAGGUGUACAUUUGUCUUGCCUUUUUAAAUUUGUAAACCAGCCCUAAAAAAUGCAUAUCUGGGAAACUGAACUGUCUUUUUGCAGUUUAGCCUUCAUGUACAUAAAAUAUGCCAUUAAUUUUAUUGGGGGAAAAGAUUCCAUCCAAAAAUGUUGCCUACAGCUAUGAGUUAAGAGUGUCUGUACUGUACAGCGUGUAGCUUUUAUUUUCUAAAAUCACAGAUAGGGCAUGUAUAUGAAUUAUAAAUAUAUAAAUACAAUUUUGUAUUAAAAGUUUUGUAGUUUAUGGCAAAAUCUGGUUCUGUGGUAGGCUAAUAAGUACAGUCCCUGUGAAAGGAAUGUUUGUGGCUCAUGUCAGUGUGUGAAUGCAUAGACAAUUUAAAGUUUUGAUAUAUUUGUGAUAUUUAUCUUCUUUGAGCACUGCAAUCUCACACCCCCCACCCCCAAGGGAAUUCAAUGGGAAUGUUUAUUGUGACUUGUCCUCUGUUGCAUUUUAAAGUUAUUUCCUGUAAUUUAUUUUCAGUACAUAAUUAAAAAUUUGUUGUAUAUAUAAAA